AUGAACACCAUCGUCUUCAACAAGCUGAGUGGCCAAAUGCUCUUCGAAGAAAGUGCCAAGGAGCACGACAGAAACAGCAGCCGGCCAUACGGGCCGGUCUUGGAGGUCACCCCUCGCCCGGAGGUCCUCCUGCCAGAUCGUCCUCCCAAUAAAGACAACCUCAGCGUUCGCCAUAAGAGGACAGGUGCCCGGCAGAACAGUGGGAAAGUGAGACACAAGCGCCAGGCCCUUCAAGAUAUGGCACGACCACUGAAGCAGUGGUUGUAUAAGCACCGGGACAAUCCCUACCCAACUAAGACGGAGAAGAUCUUGCUGGCUCUUGGCUCCCAGAUGACUCUGGUCCAGGUAUCAAAUUGGUUUGCCAAUGCAAGGCGGCGUCUUAAAAAUACUGUCCGCCAACCGGAUCUCAGCUGGGCUUUACGAAUAAAACUAUACAAUAAGUAUGUUCAAGGAAAUGCUGAGCGGCUUAGCGUAAGCAGUGAUGAGUCAUGUUCCGAAGAUGUUGAAAACCCUCCCCAAAAUGAAGGAGAAUACAACACCCAGGUUCAUCAUGCUGUGAAUAAAACAGAAAGUUCUGACAUAAAAUCUGGAGUAAAACCAGAAGGAAGUGCCAGCGAGGAUUAUGUAGCCCCUCCUAAAUACAAAAGCAGCUUAUUGAAUCGCUACCUGAAUGAUUCGGUGAGACAUGUCAUGACCACAGAUGCAAACCUGAUGGAAAAAACAAGACAAAGGAAUCAUUCUGGAUCAUUCAGCUCUAAUGAGUUUGAAGAAGAACUGGUGUCACCAUCCUCCUCUGAGACUGAUGGAAAUUUUGUCUACCGGACAGAAACUCUGGAGAAUGGACCUCACAAGAGUGAAAGUGCAGUGAACAGGAAACGAUCAAACAAGGACGAGACGUAUUGGAAGGAGAUCAAUGCAGCGAUGGCCUUAACCAAUCUUGCCCAGGGAAAGGACAAACUGCAGGGUACAACCAGCUGCAUCAUUCAGAAAUCUUCACACAUAUCAGAAGUGAAGACAGUCAAAGUUCCACUGGUGCCAAUGUCAUUUUAAGUGAAAAAGUGAUUUACUUAUCUUUUUCUUUGUGGAUUUCUUUCGUGCUGUUCGUUUUCUUGUAAGAUCACAAAAGAUCUAGAAUAGAGACUGAAGCUCCUAUUGUAGUCUGUGACAGUCAGGAUGAUUAAGAAUAAGCAUAGCUUAUUCUCACCAGCAAGCACUAGCAAAAUGAUCCUAAGGAGGUUUGUGCGAUUCUCAUUCUUGUUUGUGAUGUAAAAGCUAUUCCCAAUGAAUUGUGUUCUGUUAUGGUACAGUAAGCAAGAAAUAUUCUCUCAGGCUAAAUUGUUUUUUAAAUAACAUGUCAAUUAUGGGGGGAAGUUCCCUGCUUUUUGUCUUUUUAAGUCAAAUUAUUAACUUAUUGUAUUAAUCAAGCUGCACAUUAACCAUCUGCAUUGCAAUAACAAUAAGUGCCUUGCUUUCCUACAGUAGGAUACAACGUGGGCACAGUUUUAGACAUCUGUGCCUCAAAAUGUCAAUCACCCAACACUUAACCUUGCAUGUAGUUCUAAGAACAUCCUGACCGUUCGAAGCUGACGUCAGAAACGGUAUUAUUACUGUUUUAAAAGCCCUCCAACUUUUGAUUUCUCUGAAUUAGAGACUCAGUAAUAUCUAAAAUGAAAUUGCUAUAUUUUACCGUGAAAGAAAAAUUGAUUGUUAUCAAGCAAUAUUCUGCUUUGUUCAAGUGAAAUCAAAUUGCUAUGUUUUGUUACCCAUAGAAAUAUUUUGAUGUGCAAUAUUAAUGGCUUCAAGAGCUUGAGAGCUGGAUUAAAAAAAGAAAUAAACCUCAUUCAUUUUAAGAAGAAUUUGAACAGCAAGGACAUUUAUAUGCGAUGUGAAGCAGCCUUCCUUUCAGGUGCUUUGCAGCUUGGAUGUUGUUGUUUCUCAAAAUGAUUAAAAAAUACAGUGCCUCUCUCCU